AAUAUCCAUUAUUUUUAGGUUCGCGUCACUUUGCAAAGAUCGGCGAAUUUUCGUUGAUAAAAUAAGUUUUCAUUUUGUACGUUGGAAGAAAGAAUAAUGUCUGAAGAUCAAAGUCGUGGUCGCCGUCGUCCAUCACGUGAGCAACGACAUUCCAGAUCGCGUUCACCUCACUUACAAUUUUCCGGUAAUUCUGGUGGCGGCGAUUCACAUCGAAGACGCAGGGAACGCGAACCUUCAGAAGAACCUCGUUCUACCAAGAUCUAUAAAAAGGAACCAAUUUCGCCAGAUAGAAGCCCGAGCUCAUCGCGCAAUGGAAGUCAACGAAGGGAAUUCCCAGAUCAACCAUCAACAUCGGCUGCAGCUGGUGGUGGUGAUGCUAUCGGUGGAGAAGGAGAUGCAGAUGCCGAUCCCCUUGGUAAACGAGAGCGUUAUGAGAUUGUUCAUACUCGUCCUUCUGAUAUUCAGACCAAAGUAGGUAGUGGCGGUACACCAAUACAAUUGCAAACGAAUUACUAUCGUCUGUUAACCAAACCAACAUGGCGCAUAUUUCAAUAUCAUGUUGAUUUCUCGCCGUCUAUUGAAUUGCGUCGUGUUCGAGGUGGAAUGCUUUCGGAACAUCGUGACAGAUUGGGCGGAUAUCUUUAUGAUGGAACCAAAUUAUUUACUUCUGUGAAAUUGGAGGAAGAUAAAACCGUCAUUCGCACUAAAUCUAAAUUUGGGGACAAUUACACAAUUGUAAUAAAAUAUGUUGGAGUCAUUUCAAUGACUGAAUGGCAAUCACUUCAGAUUUUGAAUUUAAUUUUGCGUCGUGCUAUGGAAGGUCUAAAGUUGCAGUUAGUUGGCAGAAACUUUUAUGACCCGAUUGCGAAAAUUGAUAUGCGAGAGUACCGGUUGCAAUUAUGGCCAGGUUAUCAAACUUCAAUUCGUCAACAUGAGAGCGAUAUUUUGCUCUGCGCGGAAAUUGCCCACAAAGUAAUGCGUACGGAAACUGUGUACGAUAUCUUAAUGCGUUGUACUGAAACCGCUAAGGAUUACCAAGAGGAGUUUCGACGACACGUGUUGGGGCUUACAGUGCUCACUGACUACAAUAAUAAAACAUACCGCAUUAGCGAUAUUGAUUUCAACCAAACUCCUUCAAGAACAUUUAAACGUAAAGAAAAGGAAGUUUCGUUCAUUGACUAUUAUUACCAAAAAUACCAUAUUCGUAUCCGCGAUCCAAAACAACCUUUGCUCAUAUCUAAGGCUAAAGAAAGAGCAAUGAGAGGUGGUAGUAGUGACACCAUUAUACUGAUUCCGGAAUUAUGCAGACCUACUGGUCUAACCGACACCAUGCGUAACAAUUUCCAGCUCAUGAGGGCCAUGGCGGAUCAUACGCGCAUGAAUCCGGAUCGACGUAUUGAUCGCCUACGAAUUUUUAAUCAAAGAUUGCAACAGACGGACGCAAGUGUUCAAAUAUUAAAUGAUUGGAAUAUGACACUAGAUCGUCAUUUGGUAGAUCUUAAUGGACGUGUUCUCGAACCACAACGCAUAGUAUUUAGCGAACACAAAAAGGCAUCUGCCGGAGAACAAGCAGAUUGGACUCGUCUUUUCCGAGAUAACGGCUUAUUUACUACACCCUCCCGCGGUCUUGACCGUUGGUCUGUUAUUGCUACAAAUCGUAAUUCCAGAGAGAUGAGAAAUUUCGUUGAAUCUCUUAUUCGAGCAGCAGGUGGAAUGCAGAUGCGUAUAAGCCGCCCACGAGAAGUUAUGUUAUAUGAUGAUAGGAAUCAUUCAUACAUUCAAGCAAUGGAGGAUUGCAGCCGACAUGAUCCACAGCUCAUACUUUGCUUGGUACCAAAUAAUAAUGCCGAACGUUAUGCUUCUAUUAAAAAGAAGGGAUGUUUGGAACGCGCCAUUCCUACUCAAGUGAUAACACAAAAGUCGGCUAAUAAUCCACGUGGUUUAAUGAGUAUUGCCACAAAAGUAGCCAUACAAAUUAAUUGUAAGUUGGGUUACACACCAUGGAUGAUUGACCUACCCCUAUCCGGAUUAAUGACUAUUGGCUAUGAUGUUGCUAAAAGUAGCCGCGAUCGUUCGAAAGCCUUUGGUGCUUUGGUUGCCUCUAUGGAUAUGAAGACAAAUGCCACCUUUUACAGUACAGUUGCAGAAUGUAGUUCCCACGAUGUAUUGGCGAAUAGUCUAUGGCCAAUGAUGACCAAAGCAUUGCGACAAUACCGCAAAGAACAUGAUGGCAAAUUACCCACCCGAAUUCUUUUCUACCGUGAUGGUGUUGGUGAAGGUUCUUUGAGACAAGUUUAUGAGCACGAAGUUAAGGAUGUUGUCGAGAAAUUGCAACAAGAAUAUAAACGUGUUGGUUCGGAGAAGCCACCUAUGUUUGCAUAUGUUGUUGUAACAAAAUCCAUCAAUACAAGAUUAUUUGCGCGUGGACGUAAUCCACCACCCGGUACCGUUGUGGAUGAUGUAGUUACUUUGCCCGAGCGUUAUGACUUUUUCUUGGUAUCGCAAUCAGUACGACAGGGUACAGUGUCACCAACAAGCUACAAUAUUGUAUACAGCAAUAUAGGUCUAAGACCAGAUCAUAUGCAGUUACUCACAUAUAAGAUGACACAUUUGUAUUACAAUUGGUCAGGUACUACUCGCGUACCAGCUGUGUGCCAAUACGCUAAAAAGCUUGCGACAUUGGUGGCGACCAGCUUAUACCAACCUCCUCAAAAUGCUCUUGAGAAGAAGUUGUAUUAUUUGUAAGACAUUAUUUUUGAAAGAAAUAAGUGCAUAUUGUUUAAUCUUGAAAACCUUGAAAUCAUGGUAUUAGUGUAAGCAUUUGUCGAUGACGAAGAAUUCAUGUCAGAAAUUUUUUUUUGUUUUUGUUUGUAAAAUGCGCAUAGUAUAUGACAUGUGAACAUGUAUUUUAUAAUUUGAAUUUAAAAUUCCGUUAUUUGUAUAACGAAUGGACGAACCAAUGGAUUGACAUAAAUCAAUAUGAAUAAUGGAAUAUUACUAUAUAUUAACUUUGAAUUCCUUUUUUACAUUUGUAAUGUUUUUUUUUUUAAACAUAUUUAAAAGAGGAUAUGUUGGAAGCUAUUUGACGAGGUGAACCGAUAUUCCCGUAGCUUUAAAAUUGUAACUUUCUCCAAUAAGUAAAUUGAAUAAACUUCAAAAAAAGAAA